AUGAGUUCCCCUCCCAAGAGCCCCAAGAGUCCCAAGAGACCAGCUCCCAUUCACCAUGGCAAGAAGCAGAGAUCAAUAUUUGAGCCUGGAGAUAUUGCAGAGCUCAAGCGCAAACAGGAGAUUGAACAGCGUAAACGGCAAGAGGAAGAAGCCGCCUUGGCAGCAGCCAAGGUGAAAAAAGAACGAGCGGAUUCGUACCGAGACGGUCUGUAUGGACAGCGCCAAAAAAUCAUGGGCGGCCGGGAAGAAGACUACGAUGACGAAGAGGAAGAGCACCACCAUGGAGUACUACACGGAAUCAAAAAAAUUAUUGGCGUGCAGUCUGACUCGGACGAGGAGGAGGAGGAAGAGCACCACGGAGUACUGGAAGGAAUCAAAAAUAUGCUUCACUUGGAAAAAGAUCCAUACGCCGACACUUACGAACCCGCAGUUUCAGCCAAUGAAAUACCCACGACGUUUGGAGCCAUGGCAGUAGGAGUUACCCUAGCUGGAAUGUUGGGUGGUGGUGAUGACAAGAAGAGUUAA